CUAGUAGCGAGUCACGCCUCUGUUACGUCAUCACAGCAACACACUCAAGGUUACUGCUGGUUAUGCAGCAGCACAUGCGAGAGGAAGAAUGGGCUCACAUUUAAAAAGGAUCUGGCGGUCAGUCACCAUCUGACAGGAUGCAUAUCGCUGACUUUGUGUCUGGAUCAGUUGCAGGGGCAUGUGGAGUUGCAGUGGGCUACCCUCUGGACACUGUGAAGGUCCGGAUCCAAACCCAGAAACAGUUCACUGGGAUAUGGCAGUGUGCGGCGGAGACAUUUUCAAAAGAAGGGGUGCAUGGCUUCUUCAAAGGCAUGUCCCUACCCGUCACUACGAUCUCCAUGACUUCCUCAGUGGUGUUCGGUACGUACAGGAACUGCCUGCAAUGUCUGAGUCAGGCGCGAGGAGCUGGUUCUGGUCCAAACACCAAACUAGAAAUCUUCCUGUCUGGUAUGGCGGGAGGUAUCGCUCAGACGUCAGUGAUGUCUCCAGGUGACAUAGUGAAAGUGCGUCUGCAGUGUCAGACGGAGUCCAUGCGCGGAGGAACCAACGUGCUCAAACCCAGGUACCGCGGUCCAGUUCACUGUCUGCUGAGCAUCAUCAAAGAGGACGGCUUCAUGGGGCUCUACAGGGGAGCGUUCCCGCUCAUGCUGAGAGACGGGCCGUCGUUCGCCACGUACUUCCUGACUUACGCGACCAUCUGUGAAUGGCUGACAGAAAGCGGCAAGCAAAGACCAAGUUUGGGUGGUGUGAUGCUGGCCGGUGGGUUAGCAGGGAUGAUAGGCUGGACUUUAGGGACACCCAUGGACGUGAUCAAAGCCCGUCUGCAGAUGGACGGUGGGCGGAAGACGAAGCGAUACAAGGGUUUCUUUCACUGCAUCACCGAGACGGCGAGGACUGAGGGAGCCGGGGUGUUCUUCAGGAGCUUAGGCAUCAACUGGCUUCGCGCAUUCCCCGUCAACAUGGUGGUGUUUGUUACAUACGAGGUCCUCACCGGUUUCCUCCGAGCCGGACCGGACGGUGUCGAACCCGCCUCGUUUAAGGCUUGAAUAGUAUUGACUGAAUCCAUUCUCACUGCCUCUUCAUGUUCUGUUGGAGUUUGUUCGUUUGUGUUUAAUGCUGAUGAUAGUUUUUACAUAACAGCUAAGACAUUUGGCAAGAAAAAUGUCUGGUGCAUUGCAAUAUUUUAAUGGAAUGAUUGCUUCUACAGCUGUUAGUUACAUGUAUAUUACUCAGUUAGGUAGGGUAAUGUAUCCUAAUAUGCUCAGGGAGUAAUUUAUCAGUAACAGGCAGUGUUGGUAUCAUAGAUUGGACCACAUCCGACCACUAGAUGGCCUCCCUGGCCAGCUUGUUUCCGUUUUUUGCUAUAUGUUUAUGAGAAGAGAACAGUCUGUAUUUUCCACCAGAAGAGCAGCGCAUUAAGAAACCUCAGUAGUUUUUAGAGUGUUAAAACAUAUACUUAACUGUAUUCAAGGGCAUUUAAGGGCUUGAGUUUAGUAUUUAUGAAUGAGCUGCAGCACGCACAAUUUACAGUACGAUACCCGUCCAGUCCCUCGCUGCUUGUAUGCAUAUUAUAUCAUCCAUGACUCAUUUGCAGCUCAGUAGCAGAAUGGAUGGGCAAUCUAAAUAAAACAUAAUAUGUUAAUAUUUUAAACCUUGGAUGAACUGGAUUUACAAAAGAAUUAUUCUAAUAAUAAUAAACACUAGGCUCAGGAUAAUCAGUAAAUGUUUGUAUAUCACUUGUUACACACUACAAAAGUGACUGAUGUUACGAUCAACUUUGAAAUCCUCAAAGCAAAUUGUCUGUUAUCAGAAGAUUAAGCACAUCUGAAAUGGCAUUUGUUUCAUUCCGUCUUUCUCUUACCCAUAUUAUAAAAUGCAUUUUACUGCUACGUGUAGGUAUUUUUUUAAGGGCGUAGGUUUGGUCUCAGAGCUGGGGACGCAGUGAAAUCAGGGUUCCUCUACUAGAGGAAAAAUGUGAAUUAUAUUUUGGGUAAUUUAUUUGUACGAUUGUCAUGGAAAUGCUUAUUGUGCCUUUCAUAAUAAAGGUAGUUCAACAAAAUAA